AUGAAAACGGCUGAAAUCUCCCAGCACCGAGCCAAGAUUAGCAUACCUGCAAAUGUCCCAAGCGAGGAGUAUGCCAGGCAGUGUAUAUUUGCAGCAUCAUGGUCUAGGCUGAACCCAUACGCCCUGCACCCUGGGGAGUACCGGAUGUUGCGCCAGUAUAUUACUGGACCACAGGUAACGACUUACGUUAACAUACGCAACGGAAUCCUUCGACUGUGGGUCAGGAAUCCAAUGGUGUGCGUCUCAAUAGAAGAGGCAGCUGGGUGUGCAAAAGAAUCUCGCUUCUUCGGACUCGCAUAUACCGCCCACGAAUGGCUCAUCCGAAAUGGCUACAUCAACUUUGGAUGCGUGAGAUCACAAUCGCCCUCGGUUCCGGCGCGACUCAAACCGUCGAAGCCUAGGGAGACGAUCGCCAUAAUUGGAGCUGGCAUGGCCGGACUGGCAUGUGCUCGUCAGCUGGAAAAUCUUUUCGAACACUUUUCUGAGCACUGGUACAAGCGAGGCGAAUUCCCACCGAAGGUCACUAUACUCGAGGGGAGGAAUAGAAUUGGCGGUCGAAUAUAUUCGUUCCCACUCCAUGCCACGGCCAACGGCACACAUCCACCAGGAUCACGGUGUACGGCGGAGAUGGGCGCACAGAUCGUCACCGGAUUUGAGCGAGGCAAUCCGCUCAACGCGAUUAUUCGAGGCCAACUCGGACUACACAUGCAUGCGAUCAAGGAAGGUACAGUGUUAUACGACAUUGAUGGGUCCACCGUGGAUAAGCAGACCGAUGAUCGAGUGGAAGGUCUAUUCAACGACGUUCUGGAACGAGCGAGCAAGUUUCGAAAUCAGGCCGUGCAAGCAUUGACGCUUGAAGGUGACAUCAAGUUGAUAGAGGCUGGAAAAGAUCCUACGACCGACGGAGGCGAGUUUAUUUCAGUCUUGGAGUCGAGAGGCGAGCCUGUCAAUGUCGUUGCGUCGCAAGGCCGGCCCAAGAAGAAUAGACAAACAAACGCCCCCGUGACGAUGGAGAAACUGACCGGAAGAUCAUAUCAAGCGACCGAGACAAAGGAUUUGCUUGCUGCAGCUGCUGCCGAAAAACUCGGAUUCAACCUCACAGCUGGAGUCUCGAAGUUGUCGACGCUGCAACUGGAGCAAAAGGCGCAAGAGCACAUGUCAAACCUGGGCGAUGUGAUGGACGAAGCAUGCAGACAAUACCAAGACAUGAUGAAUCUGACCGAGCAAGAUUUACGGUUAUUGAAUUGGCACUACGCCAACCUCGAGUAUGCGAGCGCCGCCCCUGUUGGAUCCUUGAGUCUUACAGGCUGGGACCAAGACUCCGGUAACGAGUUCGAAGGCGAGCAUACUGAGGUCAUUGGAGGAUACACGCAAGUCCCGCGUGGCCUCUACCUGUUCCCAACACCUCUGGAUGUCAAACUCGGGCGCUGUGUCGAAACUAUCGAGUAUCACGCGUCGACUGCUACAACGGAAGGCUGCGCUACAGUUACUUGCAGCGAUGGAGAAUCAAUCCGUGCGGAUCGAGUCGUUCUGACUGCGCCGUUGGGCGUGCUAAAGGCCGGAACGAUUAAGUUUGAGCCGCAGCUACCGGAUUGGAAGCUCGAUUGCAUUGAUCGAAUGGGUUUCGGACUGCUUAAUAAGCUUGUUCUUGUCUACGAUACGCCCUUCUGGGAACAGGAUCGAGAUAUGUUCGGUCUCCUACACGAGUCUAUCAUUCCACAAAGUCGUAACAUGAAGGACUACGCAGCACAAAGGGGUCUCUUCUACAUAUUCUGGAAUACAAUGAAGACCAGCGGAGCACCAACUUUGGUUGCGAUGAUGGCAGGCAACUCGGCUUACGCGGUCGAAAACGUCACGGAUGCACAGCUCGUCGACGAGGCUCAAACCAGCCUUUCAAAAAUCUUCGGGCAGAUUCCGAAACCAAAAGAGACCGUCAUCACGCGAUGGAGGAAGGAUCCGUUUGCUCGAGGCUCAUAUUCCUACGUAGGACCGAACACCCGAUCGGACGACUACGAGAAUAUGGCGACGUCGGUAGGUCAGAUUCAUUUCGCAGGCGAAGCAACCUGUGGAACCCAUCCCGCCACCGUGCAUGGCGCAUACCUUUCCGGUCUCCGAGCUGCGUGCGAGGUGAUCGAGACCUUCAUCGGCCCCAUGGAUCCCGGCCAGCCACUGGUUGGGACGAAACUGCGACAGAGCAGCACCGACGGCACGCCGACCCAAGCCGUCAAGCGACCCAUGGCCGAUGCCGUGCAGAUCCCUGAACGGCAAAGCCGUGCCGAAAUGAACAAAGCUUGGGAAAACGGGCUGAACCAGAAGAUCCAGGAUGCGAUUGGCGCGCGGCCGCUGAAGCCCAUCCGCGCCGGCACGAACCCGUUUCUCCUCUGGCAGCGCGACCAGUGGCAGGCGGCGAAGAAUAAAUGCGACGACGCGAAGCGGGCGAGGCAUCCCAAGGAUCUGAAGGCGAAGGCGGGGAAGGACGAUAUCCGGAAGGAGCUGGGGCGGUCGUGGAUGGGUGCGUCGGCGGAGGAGAAGAAGCCGUACUAUGCCAUGACCGAGGUGGCGCGGGAGCAGAGUAAGAAGUGGCACGCGGAUUUCAAGGAGCUGAUUGAGAAGUGGGAUCGGGAUGCGGAGGUGAUUAAGAAGGCGUAUACGGAGGAGAAUCCGCUGUCCGAAUGGGCGGUCGGCUAUGGGUUGUGA